AUGCACAACGGCGUGGCUGCCUCUGCCGCCGACGACAUUGCCGAGCUUGCGAUCACCUCGCUUCCCCUCGACAUGCGGUUCCGCCCGUUCCAUCUGAGGCAGUACGGCGGGUUCUGGCUCCUGGAGGAGUUCCUCGUGGUCGUUCUGGCCGUCCACUCGGUCUUCGAGCCGAGGCCGUCGGAUGUCCUCCUUGCCAGCUUCCCAAAGUGCGGUACCACCUGGCUCAAGGCUAUCGCCUUCUCCACGCGCAACCGAGCCGAGCACCCACCAUGUGACCUCAACCACCCUCUCCGCCAUGGCAACCCCCAUGAUGUCGUCAGGUACCUGGAGAUGGCGUUCGCGUAG